CAGACAAUACAAGACAAUAGAGAGAAGACAAGCGCUGAAGAAGUGGUCGACUCUGAAGACAAUGAAUCAAAUGAUGGCAUCGAUUGUCAGAUUAACGAUGAGAUAGACGUUGGAAGUGAUGCCGAAGACAAUGAGGACAACAAUCAUAUGAAUGAAGACUUGAAUAUAAAAACUAAUGAAUUGAAUGACAACUCAAGUGAUAAUCAAUGUUCUCAUGGAUUGAACACAACAUAUAAUACACGGAAACGAAAGUACACUUCAAUGGAAAGCAAUGACAGCGAAUCUGAAGAAUAUAGACCUGAUUUGAGUGACAAUGAAAUGGACGACAAUUGUGGCGAUGAAGGGAUGUCUGGGAAACGGUUGCGAAGAGCGCCGGACGGGAAGUAUUUGUGUCACUACAAGGGCUGCGAGAAGUCAUACACUGACCGCACAACUCUACGAAGGCAUAGAUCUACUCAUUUGAGUGAUGAAAUGAAAGCAUCGAUGGGCUAUAAGAGGAGAUCCAAUGGACAAUUUGUGUGUCUCAUUAACACCUGUAACGCUGUCUUCAACGCUAAGCUUGUUCUCCGUUCCCAUCAAAUGUCACACUUGAAAGAGCCGUUAAAGUGUCCGCAAACCGACUGCCCGUUUGCGGCCCACACGCGGGCGGCCUUUCAAAGGCACGCGAAGACACAUAUAAAGCGGGAGAAGUGUCUACCGAUUGAUUGUCCGAAUGAUGUGAACGAAGAGUUAAAUGUCGAAUCAAUUGAUAGUCAAAUUGUGAGUGAAAUAAACUCAAAAACUUAUGACAAACACAAAUCAACUGAGAGUGAAGACAAUGGAUCAGAUUUAAGUGAUUAUGAAAUGGACGACAAGUGGAUGUGUUGGAUAGAGCCGUCCAAAACGAACGGUAAGUUUGUGUGUGACUACAGGGGCUGCGACCGGGCUUUCCCGGAGACGACUCACUUAAAAAGACACGCGUUUUCACAUUUGAGUGCAAAAACCAAGACAUCGAUGGUGUAUAAGAAGAGAACUGACGGCUGGUGUGUGUGUCUUAUGAACGCCUGUAAUGCGGUCUAUAAAGACGUUCGUAGUCUUAGAGGACAUCAAAUGUCACACUUGAAAGCGCCGCUGAAGUGUCCGCCGAUUGACUCUACGACUGAAUUGAAUAAAGAUUUAAAUGGAGAGUCAAUUGAUAGCCAAAUAGAGUGUGAAAUCAAUACAAAAACUAAUGGCAAACGAAAACCCAAAUCAUUGCAAAGUGAAGGCAAUGGCGAAGAACCAGAAGAAUGUAGUACUCGUUUGAAUGACAAUGAAAUGGACGAUAAAUGUGAUGAUCAAUGGAUUGGUUGGAAACCCACACGAAAUGAAGACAAGAAGUAUGUUUGUGACUACAGGGGUUGCGGGCGGACAGCAAUCACACCGUUUGCACUACGAAUGCAUGCAUUCAAUCAUUUAAAUGCAACGCUUAAGAAAUCAUUGGCUUUUAAGACCCGAUCCGAUGGCAUAUAUGUGUGUCUUUGGGGCGAAUGUAUUAAGACAUACAAAACUAUUGGUGACAUCAGAGCACAUGUAAUGUCACAUUUGAAGGACCCGUUGAAGUGGUCGCAGACUUGUUGUCGGAACGAAUUGGACGAAGAAUUAAAUGACGAAUCAAUUGAUAGCCAAAGAGGGAGUGAAUUAAAUACAGAAACUAAUGACAAACGAAAACAGGAAAGUAAAGGCAAUGGCGAACCAGAAGAAUGUGGUUCUGGUUUGAGUGACAAUGAAAUGGACGAUAAAUCUUGUGAUGAAUGGAUGGGUGAGAAAGAGCUGCGACAGGCAUCCAAUGGGAAGUACUUGUGUGACUACAGGGGCUGUGGAUUGUCUUUCACAGUGCCUUCAUAUCUAAGAAGGCAUGCAUUCAGUCAUUUGAAUGCAAAUGAAAAGAAGUCGAUGGCCUUUAAGAAGCGGUCCGACCGCCGAUACGUGUGUCUUAUGGGCGCCUGUAAUGAGACAUUCAAAGACAUUCGUACCCUCAGAGGUCAUCAAAUGUCACACUUGAGAGAGCCCUUAAAGUGUCCGCAAACCGACUGCCUGUUCGCUGCGGUCACCCGCGCGGCACUCACUCAACACCUGAAGACACACCCGAAGCCAUACCCGUGCAACACAUGCGGCCAACAUUUCGCAACCACUCAACGAUUGGCGGUUCAUAAGACCAUACAUAACGAUGCGGACAAAUUCCGGUGCGAUUGGCCCGACUGUGGCCGACUGUUUACCCAGAAACAUCAUCUCAGGGAUCACAUGAAUACACAUACGGGUGCUGUUCAGCACGCGUGCCAAUGGCCCGGUUGUGCGAACACAUAUACUAAUUCAAACUCUUUAAAAGCACACGUAAAUAGAGUGCACAAAGGUUUGGCUGAGUAUCGGUGCCAUUGGCCAGAGUGUGACUAUCAGACCACAAAUCGCAUCCGACUUAACAAUCAUAUCCAUCGACAACACGAGGAAACAGAUUUUCAAUUAUUUGGUCAAACGAGCGAUGAAUCCAUGGAUGAAGUGUUGACUCAAAGAGAAGACAAUACAAGACAUGAAACACAAGACAAUAGAGAGAAGACAAGCGCUGAAGAAGUGGUCGCCUCUGAAGACAAUGAAUCAAAUGAUGGCAUCGAUUGUCAUAUUAAUAUUGAUGAGACAGACGGUGGAAGUGUUGCCGAAGAAAAUCAUAUGAAUGAAGACUCGAAUAAUAAAACUAAAGAAAUUAAUGAAGAAAUGAAUUGCGUUUCAAGUGAUGAGACAAUCAUUGGAAGCGAUGGCGAAGACUAUACCAGAGAUGAGACACAAAGUGAAUCCGAAAGUGAUUUGAAACCAAAAUUAAACAAAAAGUGUUCAAUAGAUGUGAAACGAAAGCAUAAAUCAAACAAAACUAAAGAUAUUGUGAAUAACAUAAAGACAAACAAAAACAGAUCCAAAGACAAUAAAACAGGGCUUAAGACAGACACCGAUCCUAAGCGGCGGAACCAAAGAUGGAAAGCGUAUAGAAAUGUGGAUCACAAACGAAACUAUAUCUGUCAUCACAAGGACUGCCGUUACGAUUAUGAAUCACUCAUUGAUCUUAAGAAACACUACCGGAGUUCCAAACACUUAGACCACCGAUGGUUCUGCGAGUAUGACGGCUGUUCUCAACACUUCCCGUCCGAACGUAAGCUCGAAGAGCACACCAAUGACGGCGAACACACGUCUGGACAGCCGUUCACGUGUUGGCACUACGGCUGCGACUUUGAGUCCAAAACACGGGAUGUGUUUGACAUUCACACCAAUACCCACUCACCCGAAGAGCUGAUCCGCACUAUUAAACAAACAAAUACUGAGCGCCAGUUCGGGUGCGAACACAUCGGUUGCGGCAAACGGUUUGUCGAUCGACACCAAUUGAAUGACCACUCGAUCCUACACUCGGGCGCCCGCUAUCGGUGCGAAGUGGACGGCUGUUCCUACACUUCAUCGCACCCGACAUACAUUAAGCAACACAUGCGUCGCUCUCAUAAGACAAACCAUCGGUGCCCUCACGAGGGCUGCGACUUUAGUACCGGAACUAAUUAUUUAUUGUCACUUCACGUGAAGAGCCGACACUCGGCCCACAAGCAGUUGCAGUGCUUGAGUUGCCCCAAACGGUACACAAAACCACGCGAUCUGAAAGCACAUCACUUGCGCGCACACCCGGACUCCGCGCCGACCGUCCCGUGGCUCGAGUGUCCGCAACCGGACUGUGACUAUAAGACCAAAUACAAGCCCGAUAUGGCCGCACACGAGGACACCAUUCAUACGAUGUCCACCACUUGCGCCGAAUGUGGCAAAAGUUUUACCUCCAAAAGCCGACUCCAAACACACAGCAAAUCUCAUAACCCGGAGCUAAAGACGCCGUGCGAAUGGCCCGGUUGUGACCGAAAGUUCAAUUCGGCCGCUGCUAUGAGAUUACAUAUGCAAACACAACACGCGGACACCACUCCCGCACACCGGUGCCAAUGGCCCGGUUGUGACAAAGCAUACUCUCACCCGACGUCACUGCUUAUGCACGAGAGACGUGUCCACGAAGGAGUGCUCGAUCAUCGGUGCCAUUGGCCCGGAUGUGACUAUCAGACCACUAAUCGGAUCCGACUUAACAAUCAUAUUAAUUCACAGCACAAGGUGAUGACUCAAAGAGAAGACAAUACAAGACAUGAAACACAAGUCAAUAGAGAGAAGACAAGCGCUGAAGAAGUGGUCGACUCUGAAGACAAUGAAUCAAAUGAUGGCAUCGAUUGCGAUAUUAAUGAUGAAACAGAUGUUGGAAGUGAUGCUGAAGACAAUGAGGACAACAAUCAUAUGAAUAAAGACUUAAAUAAAACUAAUGAAUUAAAUGUCAACUCAAGUGAUAGUCACGAAUCAAAUGAUGGCAUCUAUUGUGAUAUAAAUAUUGGUUUUAAUAAUGAGAUCGAAGUCGGAAGUGAUGCCCAAGACAUUCAAGAAAACACUGGACUUAACACAGACUUCAAUAUGAGAACUAAUGGCGACGAGAAUGAGACCAGAGAUGAGAUACAAAGCGAAUACAAAAAUAGAAAGACAGGCCUUAAGUCAGACACCGAUAAGAGACCGAAGAAAGACCACCAAAACUCACAAUACAAACGAAACUAUAUCUGUCAUCACAAGGACUGUCGUUACGAUUAUAUAUCACUCAUUGAUCUUAAGAAACACUACCGGAGAUCCAAACACUUAGACCAUCGAUGGUUCUGCAAAACAGACGGCUGUUCGCAACACUUCCCGUCCGAAAUUAAGCUCAUAGCGCACACCUAUGCCGGCGAACACACGUCUGGACAGCCGUUCACGUGUUGGCACUACGGCUGCGACUUUGAGUCCAUAACACGGGAUGUGUUUGAUAUUCACACCGACACCCACUCACCCGAAGUGUUGAUCCAAGCCAUGAAGCAAUCCGCUGAACCACAGUUUGUGUGCGAACACAACGGAUGCGGCAAACGGUUUACCGAUAAAACCAUAUUAAAUUCACACAUGAUUACACACUCGGGCCUCCGCUUCCGGUGCGAAGAGGCCAACUGUUCGGCUACUUUUACCCACCCGUCAAGUCUUAGGAAACACACGCAUCGCAUUCACCGGUCGGACUUCCAGUGUCCGCGCGAGGGCUGCAAUUUCAGCGCCGGAUCGAAGUGCGAGCUAUCAGAUCAUGUGAAGAGGCGACACACAGAGGCCGCCCGCAAGCAGUUCCAGUGCUCGGCCACUGGUUGUCCCAAACGGUUUACCGAACGCAGGGCACUGAACGCACACCACUUGCGCGAACACCCGGACGCGGCGCCGACCGUCCCGUGGCUCGAGUGUCCGCAACCGGACUGUGACUAUAGGACCAAAUACGCGCCCGAUAUGGCCGGACACGAGGCCGCCUUUCAUACGAUGUCCAACGCGUGCGCCGAAUGUGGUAAGAGUUUUGCCAACAAAAGUCGACUGCAAACACAUCUCAAGACACAUAACGAGGAGCUGAAGACGCCGUGCGAAUGGCCCGGUUGUGACCGGAAGUUCAAUUCGGCCUCCGCUAUGAGAAAUCAUAUUGAGGCCCAACACUCGGACUCAGGCCCCGCAUACCGGUGCCAAUGGCCCGGAUGUGACAAAACCUAUUCACUCCAAAUAUCGCUGGCUAUGCACGAGAGACGAGUGCAUAAAGGAGUGGCCGAACAUCGGUGCCAUUGGCCCGGAUGUGACUAUCAGACCACUAAUCGGGUCCGACUUCACAGUCAUAUCAAUGGUCACAAGGGUUUGAAGGCUUACCAGUGCUCACAUCCGGGGUGUGAUUAUGAGAGCAAAAGAGAAGACAAUACAAGACAUGAAACACAAGACAAUAGAGAGAAGACAAGCGCUGAAGAAAUGGUUGACUCUGAGAACAAUGAAUCAAAUGAUGAAACAGACGUUGGAAGCGAUGCCGAAGACAAUGAAGACAUGUCUAUAAAUGAUAAGAAUAGCGAUUCCGACACAGAUUUUAAGCCAAAAUUGUCGAAAAAGUGGUCAAAAGGUGUCAAACGAGAGCUUCAUUCAGACAAAAGAUCAAACAAUUGUGCGAAGAAAACAAAGACAAUCGGAUCCACAGACAGUGAGACCCGCGUUAAGACAAACACUGAUCCGCAGCCGACGAAUAGGUGGCGAAACCCACAAUACAAGCGAUACUAUAUUUGUCAUCACAAGGACUGUCGCAACGAUUAUAUAUCACUCCCAGACCUACGCAAACACUAUCGCAAAAGCAAACACUUAGACCACCGAUGGUUUUGCGAUACAAAGGGCUGUUCGCAACACUUCCCGUCCGAACGUAAGCUCGACGAACACAAGACUGCGGGCCAACACACACCUCAACUCCCGUUCACGUGUUGGCACUACGGCUGCGACUAUGAGUGCAAAACGCGGUACGCCUUCGACGCGCACACCUCCGGCCACUCACCCGAAGAGCUGAUCCGAGCGCUCAAACGUCUGCCCAUUGAGCGCCAGUUUGUGUGCCAACACAUCGGUUGCGGCAAAUCGUUUGCCGAGAAAUCCGUACUCAAAGUGCAUAUGAUAUCGCAUUCGGGCGCCAAAUACCGGUGCGAAGACACGGGCUGUUCGGCCGUAUUCUCGCACCCGUCACAACUGCACCAUCACGUGGCGGUCGCCCACCGGACGGACUACCGGUGCCGGCACGAGGGCUGCCGGUUCGCCGCCGGCACCCGAUCCCUACUGAACAAUCACGAGCGGACACAACACACUGAGGGCAAGCCAUACGUGUGUUCAGUAGGCGAUUGUCCCAAACGGUACGCCACGCAACGGCUGCUGGACGUACACCAGCGGCGCUUCCAUCCCGAAGCCGUGCCGGACGUACAGUGGCUCGACUGUCCGCACCCGCGCUGUCAGUACAGGACUAAACACCGGCACGACAUGACCCAACACGAGGCCACCGAUCAUACGAUGGCCCACAAGUGCGAUGAGUGCGGCAAAUGCUUUACUCAUACGGCCCGACUCCGGGGCCACAUGAAGACCCAUAACCCGGAGCUGAAGGUCGCCUGCGAAUGGCCCGGUUGUGACCGCAGGUUCUUCACGGAGACCAUAAUGAAGGUGCAUAUGGAGGGCCAGCACUCGGACGCCAGUCCCGCGUAUCGGUGCCAAUGGCCCGGUUGUGACAAAUCAUAUUCACUCCCCCUAUCGCUCACUAUGCAUGAGAGACGAGUGCAUAAAGGAAUGGACAAACAGCGCUGCCAUUGGCCCGCCUGUGACUAUCAGACCACUAAUCGGAUCCGACUCUACAAUCAUAUCAAUAAACAUAAGGGUUUGAAUGCCUUUCAGUGCUCUCAUCCGGGAUGUGAUUAUCGCAGCAAAAAGUGUAUAGAAAUGGAUAAUCAUAUCAAAAGUCAUUCAAAGUUAUGA